AUUUCGGAGCCUGAUGUUGAGCAGAAGACAGAAAAGAAAGCGAGAGUUUUUGGUUUGGUAUACCUCAUAGAUGAGAAUCCACCAUGGCACAUCAGUUUAUUGUUGGGUUUCCAACAUUAUCUGGCCAUGACUGGAGGAACAUUGGCUACGCCCUUUAUUCUCAGCAUUCCAAUGUGUUUCUCAAACAACACGCUUGUCAUUAGCGAGGUUAUGAGUACUACGUUCUUUGCCUGUGGCAUUGUAACUCUCCUACAGAGUACAUUUGGAGUUAGGCUCCCAAUCGUUCAAGGUGGAACGUUCUCCUUUAUCAUUCCAACAUUUGCCAUCUUGUCUCAACCGCAGUGGAUAUGUCCCAAGCUUGAAGAAAAUUUUAAUUCAACCAGUAGCUCAAUCAUUAAAAAUGAUGACAUUUGGAAACCUCGAAUGAGAGAGAUCCAAGGAGCCAUUUUGGUUGCUUCCUUACUUGAAAUGUUUAUCGGCUUCUCUGGCCUCGUUGGUUAUCUUCUUCGUUUCAUCGGACCGCUGACCGUAGCGCCCACAAUCACCUUGGUGGGUAUGGCACUUUUCCCAGUAGCGAUGGAACAAUCGGGAUAUCAUUGGGGGAUCUCAAUGAUGACUAUCGUGUUAAUAGCUUUGUUUUCGCAAUAUCUUAAGAACGUCAAGGUACCAUUUCCCGGGUACAACAAAGAACAAGGAGGUUGCUUCAUGGGUCGCAGCGCCAUAUUCAGAUUAUUUCCAGUUAUUCUAGCCAUCGCAGUAGCAUGGAUUAUUAGCGCCAUCAUCACCGCGGCCGGCGGCUUUCCUUCCGAUCCCAGCGUACCUCAGUAUAAGGCCAGAAGUGAUGCCAGGAUUGAUGUCCUGAGAGAAGCUAAGUGGUUUAGAGUUCCGUAUCCAGGUCAAUGGGGAACGCCCACAGUUAGUGCCGCAGGGGUCAUCGGGAUGUUUGCUGGUGUGAUAGCUUCAAUCAUCGAGUCCAUUGGAGAUUACUACGCAUGCGCCAGGAUUUCAGGAGCUCCUCCACCGCCAAGCCAUGCCAUAAACCGUGGAAUUGGGAUGGAAGGAAUUGGAUGCCUUUUGACUUCAGCUUUUGGCACCGGAAAUGGUACGACAUCAUAUAGUGAAAAUGUUGGAGCUAUUGGCAUCACGAAAGUUGGCAGUCUCCGUGUGAUCCAGUAUGGUGCAGUCGUAAUGGUAGUUGUUGGAGUUUUUGGUAAAGUUGGCGCAUUCUUCGUCUGCAUCCCAGAUCCUAUUCUUGGUGGAGUGUUCAUGGUUUUAGUUGGGAUGAUUACCGCUGUUGGAAUCUCUAAUGUACAGUAUGCUGACAUGAAUUCGCCGAGGAAUCUGUUCAUUGUUGGAUUUUCAAUUACAUUUGGUAUGGCGCUGCCACUAUAUUUGCAAAACCAUCCAAACGCAAUCAAGACAGGUUCUCCAGAAUUUGACCAAAUCAUCUCAGUCCUUUUAAAAACAAGUAUGGCAGUAGGUGGUAUCGUUGCAAUUAUUUUGGAUAACACCAUCCCUGGAACUGAUGAGGAACGCGGGCUUAUGGCUUGGAGGCAAAGUGUUUCAGAUGAGAAUGGCGAACAGUUUCAAACAGCCUCUAUUAAAAUCUACGAUCUGCCGUUUGGCCUCAAUCGCCUCAGCAACUACAAAUUUGCCAAGUAUCUUCCCUUUUUACCAAAUUCUGACGACAAAAAUGAAAUAAACGAAAAUGUGGAAUUGAAAGAAAAAAACGCGGGAGGGUUGGGUCGGGUCGCGUAAUUAAUUCUACGCGAUCGCCCCAAACUUCCCUGUUUUUGCUCUGCCGCUGCUAUCGCGCCGUGCACUAUUUCGCUCUGUUGCACUAACUGGAGUAAUGUCUUAAAUCAGAAUGCAAGUUCAGGAGAACGGGGGAUAAGCCCAACAAGAUGGGCUCCUUACUUGAACCUCGUCAGUUUCCGCUAUGUCUUGAUAAUCUUUACAGAGCAGUUCAUUUAGAACUGUGCCAGUUUUUGUUUCUGUUUUCAUCUCAGUCUCUCUAGUAGCUCUACGACUUAAGAAAGGAAAUAUCUGCUUUUCAUUUUAACAAGAUGUUUGUUUCAUACGCUUAAUCAAAAUAAAAGUUUUUGGUUUGUGAACUCCAAUGCUCUUUUACAUCAUUGUGUUGGCAAAUUGCAUCGGCGG